CCGAAACUCGCCACCGGCGAUUCUCCCACACAGAGUAAGAGCGACCAAAUGCCGACAAGAAUGAGCAAUUGCUUCGCACUGACUUGCAGAAAUUUGACGUUCUUCACAGUCUUAGCAGUAACGAUCCAAAUCAUUGGCCUCUCGCUUUUUAUUGUGGGAUUCUUUCCGGUGAAGCCUUCUUUCUCCGGCAUGAGUGGGUUGGAGAGUUUUUAUCCUCCUGGUUUUGAUUCGACUGACGGCGCCCGAAAAAACUCAACUUUGCCUCCUGAAAAGCUCAAGUCUUUAUUCGAGGAGCUAUCCGGUGUUCCUCCAUUAUUUGAUAGAUUAAUAAUCAUGGUUAUUGAUGGCCUACCAGCCGAAUUUGUGAUUGGAAAGGAUGGGAAGCCUCCAAGUAAGGCUUUUACAGAAGCUAUGCCUUAUACACAGUCGUUAUUGGCUAAAGGAUUGGCAAUUGGUUAUCACGCAAAGGCUGCACCUCCAACUGUUACAAUGCCCCGCCUGAAGGCUAUGGUAUCUGGAGCUAUUGGGGGAUUCCUGGAUAUUGCAUUCAAUUUUAACACGCAAGCAUUUCUGGAUGAUAACCUUAUUGCGCAGUUUCGCAGAAUUGGCUGGAAAAUGGUGAUGCUUGGUGAUGAAACAUGGAUCAAGCUGUUUCCUGACAUGUUUGAUAGACAUGAUGGAGUUAGUAGUUUCUUUGUUAAAGACACCAUUCAAGUGGAUUACAAUGUUUCUCGACAUUUGACAUAUGAGCUUGACAUUGGGGACUGGGAUCUUCUGGAGUCUUUACUGUUCCAGAUUCUUCAUUAUCUUGGAGUGGAUCAUGUUGGACAUAUUGGUGGACGUAGUAGUAUCUUGAUGGCGCCCAAACUCGUGGAGAUGGAUGAAGUCAUAAAAAAAAUCCAUUCAAGUAUCACAGCUACUGAAAAUAAUAACCAGAAACAGACACUUUUGGUUUGUGCUGCUUUAUUCUCAUCAUCUGGAAUUUCUGGUGCGCGCAGAGAUGCCCUUCCCAUUUUUUCCUUUUCUCUUUCUUUCUUUCUUGGAGUUUCUUCAGUCGAGGCCCUGAAAGAUAGGUUCAUAAUAUGUGCAAGCCUAAUAGAUAAAAUCAAUCCAUUUGGGACCGGGGGAAUGAUGAUAGUGAGCGAUCAUGGCAUGACUGACAGUGGUAAUCAUGGAGGUUCUUCAUAUGAGGAAACAGAUUCUUUGGCACUUUUUGUUAGUGGCCAAAAAUUUGAAAUUUCAGAGAAAAGCCAAGAAGCUUACCAGGUUGACAUAGCUUCAACAUUGGCUCUCCUUUUUGGCGUUCCAAUCCCCCAAAACAAUGUUGGCACUGUGCUGACAGGAGUUUUUUCAUCUCUGAAAGAUGACCAACAGCUGAGAAUACUCCAGCUGAAUUCAUGGCAAUUGUUAAGGCUACUGCAGACCCAUUUCACUGACCUGAGAUGCGAAAGAUACUCAUGCAAUUCUGGAAGUUGUAAAAAUAGUGAUGUAGAAAGACUUUGUUGCUCAUAUUUGGCAGCUAUCUCACUUCAUAAAUCCUGGCUGUCCAAAAGUUCCCAGAGAUCUGUUAAUGGGGAUGACUACAGACGCAUAGUUCUAGCAUACCGUGAUUUCCUUUCAACUGCAAGCAGGUGGCUAUCAAGCAGAUCAACCGAUAAACCUAUCCAUCUGCUUGCAUUGGGAAUAACAGCAAUGGGUCUAUCUUGUCUAGGAGUGAUGAGCCUCUUUUUCCUUUACGGCCAAGAAUUCAACUUCAUGCACAAGUGGCGUUUGGACGAGUAUUUUACUUCAGGCAUAAUAUUUAUCCUCAUUUUGAGUAUGGGUUCAAGUUCUAUGAUCGAGGAGGAACAGUACAUUUGGCAUUUCAUGACCACUUCAUUGUAUAUAAUCUUUCUCAGAAGAACUAUACAGUCUAUCACAGAACACCAUGCAUCCAAUUUGACUCCAGAAAGGAAAAUAACAAGCCCGUGUAAUAUAUAUUACAUCAUUGCAGUUCUCAUAAUCGGGAGAAUUCUAAGAGGCUGGCAUCAAGGUGGUGUUAACUGGUCUUAUUUACCCGAUAUUUCGAAAUUGCUCGAGCAAGCAGGGACUGUACAUAUAAAAUCCAUGCAUCUCCUGUCAUUGCUCCUUGUCGUCAUAUGUUUUGCUGUUAUUUUGAAAUUGCGGAUGAAAACACGUUCGGCGGUGUUAAUAAUGUCGAUUUAUUUAUUUCCUUCUACAAUGAUUCUGAAACAUAUUUUAGAAUGCCAAGAAGGGGUAUUCAUAACAUUGAGUACUGAAACAACUGAAAUGAUACAAGUUAUCUAUGCUCUUAUUGGAAUUUCUACUGUGGGGAUGCUUGUAGCUGUGCCAUGGUUAAUGCCUAUCACUUUAUCCUGCGAUGUUUUGAAAGAAAGUCAGCAGAAAGUUCCGGAAGCUGGGUUUAGAAACUCUCUAUUUGUAAUUGGGUGGUGUUAUAUGUUUUCUUGGUGUCUGCUUCAAAUGCUGCUACAACAGCCGAUAAAUUCGAUGCCAACUUGUUUACUACUCGUGCAAAUCCUGAUCAGCGUACACUAUUUUUCUGAGAGCGGUUUACAUCUCAAGCAAUGGGUUAAGGUUGCGGCACUGUACUAUUUGGGGAUGGCCGGCCACUUUGCUCUAGGCAAUACAAACACUCUUGCCACAAUUGAUGUAGCUGGGGCUUUCAUUGGUAUCUCAAGCCACUCGACUUUUAUAUCCGGUAUUUUGAUGUUUGUCAUCACGUAUGCUUCCCCAAUGUUAGUCCUCCUCAGCAUGCUGAUGUGUAUUUCAAUGGUGGACAAGAGAGCAUCUGAGCAGCAGCCAGAUAAUGUUGAUUUUGGACAUCUUUUGAAAUCGACCCUAGGCUAUCCUUGUCUAAUUCCACUUGGACUGAAUUCCAUUCUUCUCCUUGCUUAUACAAUUGUGUUGCUACUGAUGAGGAACCAUUUAUUUGUUUGGAGUGUCUUUUCCCCCAAGUAAGUUACCUUUCUG